AUGGAUCAACAUAACUGGUCCAAUCUGUUUGUUUUGAAAUUAUCAGAGUUACUGGAAGGAAUACUGGAUGAAAAACUACUGAAGUGGCCACUAAAACGCAAAAUAGCGGCCACUGUAGAGGUGAGUUUAGUGGCCACUUUAGUGUCCUCUCCGAGUAGUCCUUGGCUAGCCUCCAUAGUGGCCACUAAAAUUUUCCCAGUAAAGGCUUAGAAAAUGAGACUUUUUGAAAUUCUGUUGAAGAGAGAAGAGAGUCAGGCAAGCAGAAAGUGUUCUUGGUUAGAGAUGCUCUACCUGAAGAGAGACACUAUACUGGAUAUAGCCCCUCCUUUUCCAGGAACUUCGUCUAAUUAGCAAGACCAGAAAAUAAUGGAAAGAAGAGGUAGACGAAAGAGAGCCAGGCGGUUGAAGAAAAAAAAAAGGAACAGUAUGACGAAGGAUGAAUAUUUGGGCUGUAACCUGAGCAAUAGCACUUUUGCCAUGAGAAUUUAGCUGGAUAAUGAGAUAUUUUUAGAUUUAAGAUUUUUCUGAACAAGCUCACACGGAACAGUACGACGGAGGAUGAAUAUUUGGGCUGUAACCUGAGCAAUAGCACUUUUGCCAUGAGAAUUUAGCUGGAUAAUGAGAUUUUUCUAGAUUUAAGAUUUUUCUGAACAAGCUCACACGGAACAGUACGACGGAGGAUGAAUAUUUGGGCUGUAACCUGAGCAAUAGCCCUUCUCACAUGAGAAUUUAGCUGGAAGUAAGAGGAAUUUUCUCAGCUUUUCGAGAACAGAGAGAGGGAGAAGGAAAAGCAACACUACAAAGCAGCCGACGAGAGAUCAGGAGGGCCGGACGACGAGAGACUGGCCAGCGGUGGGGAGAUAUACGAAGAGAGCGGCAGACGGUCAGUGAGCGAGCUUCUGGCCGAUAGCCAACGCCCCCCAACGCAAUAACGAAGGAAUACGAAAUGAGGUGAAGCAGCUGUGCCGAAGCGGGGGAGCGAGAGCAAGACGGGUGUCUCAUUGAAGCUGGACCGACGCCAAGCAACGCCCCGCUUCGAAAUUCUGACAGACGUCGCCGGCUAUAUUGCGUUUUCUCAGAGCCGACAUGGGAGAAAUAA